UUUAUUCAUGUACUUCAGGUAUGGGUGAAAGCAACUGUGCGUGGAACAGGAAGUCACUCCUACACAGAGACACUAUACUGGCAGCAGCUGCCAUUUAUAAAGAGAUGUAUGGCAAUGAAGACGGUUCAGUUCCAGCUACAUUUCAGAUCCUCUACAUGAUUGGCUGGAAGCCUCAUGAGUCUCAGGCAAAACCAGCAAAAAGGGGUUCGGCGAAUGUCUCGUUUGCCGAUCUGUCAAAAAUAAGCAAACUUCAGACCGACCACCAGAAAACCAAUGAAAAACCCUAGGACAGGAAGAAGUGUUAUCCUCAAAUCAACUCCGGAUCUGCUUUACUUACAUGAACAUGAUUACACACGAACGUUCCAUCAACAAACUGUAUUUUUGCAAAAGCUUCUUUGACAAUGUACUCCAACAUAAAUAAACAAUGAUUUUAAUAUGGUGCUAAACAAUUCAUGUUACUCUCUAAAACCGAGUUACCAAAUCAUGUUGCUCACAAAUGAUUACAUUCAGUUCUCAGAAAUCAAAAA